GAAUAAUAAUAAUUUGAAUAUGAAAUAGAUGAAAUGACAACUGCCCUCUGCCCACGCGAAAUUGAAAUUAGAUUAAUCUGACAAAAGUCUUUGCCCAUUUUAUUUGAUUCUGAUCUUGGAACCACUCGUUUUGAGGCCAUAGAUUUUGUCUUUUAUUUGCAAGAAAAAAAAUGUCUGGAAUCAAUAUUCAAACGGGUGAUCAUACUAACAGACUCAUCUCCGAGAGCGCUUUAAUUCCUUUCUGUCAUCCAUUAACUCCUGGAUCUUCCAGCCUACCCAAGUUUGGUACCCUUAUUCCAAACCGCAUAUUUGUUGGCGGAAUACCAUCAAAUACAAACGAACAAGAACUUAAGUCUUUCUUUUCAAGUUUUGGCCAGGUAAAAGAUGUCAAAAUUAUCAAUGAUCGCCUUGGGGCAUCUAAAGGGAGCUAUGGAUUUGUUACUUUCGAAAGUCAGGAAAUGGCUGAAAAAAUUAUCAAGAACGAGUCGGAAACACUGGUUUUCAAAGACCGUAAACUCAACAUAGGUCAUGCAAUUCGUAAGCAACAAAUAUUUCCUCGUCCAGACCUAACAACAACUUUGCUAUUCACCGGAAGUGCAGUUCCUUAUGGCUUUCAAAAUGGUGUGGCUGUAUUCUCUUUACCUGGCCAAGAGUAUCCUAUAUUGACUCAAACCACAGCUCCUUAUGCCACAAUGAUACUUCCACAGCCGGAUGGAGGAACACCUCUCUACUUGCCUCCCUUACAUUCAACUCCAGCUGCCGCCAUAUCGCCAUAUACACAUAUUCCACAGCAAGCCGUAACGGCAGCACUUCAUCAGCAGUUUCAUCAAACAGGAGCUGUUUCUUGUUUAACUCCUGCGGUUGUUGGUCAGAUAACACCAGUCAAUGUCAGUGUUAAUAACACUAAUCCGCAAUCUCAUUCAACUCCCUCAGUAAUGGCGGCAGCUGCUGCUAUGGCUGCUGCUGUUCAGUGGCCACAAAAUCCAACUCAGAAUAACCAACAAAAUCAACAACAAUCAUCUACUGUAACAGUAACUCAUAGUGUUUCACAUGUAAACAAUGAGCAUUCCAGUAAUCAGACACCAACAAUCACACAGAAUCAAUCUGCUGUUGCUGUUCAACAUCCAACUAAUUGGCAUUGGUCAACAGGUGUACAACAAUCUCAAAAUACCAUUCAGGAAACAAGUCCUCAAUCUAACAUGUUCACUAUUGAUACAUCUUCAAGUAUAGGUGCUACUAAAUCAACAUCAAUAUCAAAUCCAAAUCUUCAAUUUCCUCAACAGUGUGCAACAAAUGCAACUUAUUUGUAUAGCCCAUUCACUGGGUCUAGUCAUGAAGUGAUGUUAUUUCAUCAAACCAGUUCGCCAUUCACUGGCAAUUCAACUAGUGAUUACAGUACUGAUCAUAGUACGCAUUCAUCCGGUAUAUUGGAGUCAGCUGAGUCUAUAAAUUAUGAUGGUACACCAAUCAGUCGUCAAACUCAACAAGUUGGAAAACAAUUAACUAAUAUUUACAACAAUAAUAAUACUAAUAAUACACAAAUGAAUGGUUCAUGUUUAUCACCAUAUGCUACGUUAACACCAAUUUUAGAAUUUCAUUCACAUUCUAAUUGUAUAGGACAAUCGAAUUCUAUGCAUCAAAUGUCACCAACACAUUUACAACAUAAUUUACAUCAAAAACAUCAAACAAAUACAUUCGUGUCAAUACUUAAUCCAUCACAUCAUAAUACAGUAUUUACUGGCAGUAAUUGUACGCGUCAAUUAUCAACUGCUAUCUACGGAAGUCAAUCACAAAUUAAAAAUGGUACAUUACCAUCAAUUGAUAUUAGUUUAUCAAAUGAACAACAUCAAAAUAUGUUAUCAUCUAUUCGUCAAUUACAGUCGUGUUGUACAAUUGGCACUAUCCAAGGUAUAACUAAUACAACAAUCAUAUCACAAUCCCCACUAACAUCAUCACCAGCAGCAAUGGUAGCCUCAGCCUCAGCAUCAACAGUACAAGUAGCAUUACCAUAUUUACUAACUUCUACAAGUACAUCAUCCUAAUCUUUUCCUUUUGAUUCAGCAAAGAAAAAUUAACAAACUAAUCCUUUUUGCUGCCUUUUUCUUUCCAUCAAAUUUAUUUCUUACUUUCUAGAAAAUAUUUAGUACAUUUUUCUUACCGGUCUUCUUCCUCUUGUUUUCCAUCUGUUUAUUUGGGUUUUUUUCAAAUAUUCUCUUACUUCAAUUCAUUUUUUUUUCUAAAAGAAGUAAAAGAAACGAAGUACUUGAAGCAGCACAUUUUGAAAUCUAUUACUACCUUUGAGCUUUAUUGAAUCAGUAUUUUUCCCCCGAGAUUACUCACUGUCAGUUUUUCAUCUUAGUUUUUAUAUUUUUUUCAUUUAAUUUUCUUACUAAAAGCCAACCUACCAACCACUCACCUUAUUAUUUUUCUCUAUUAAAAAGUAUGAUUCAUUUUUUGUACGGUGCUUUCGAACUUUUUUCAUGAUUAAAAGAAAGAUGAAAAAACGCUUUUUUUACAUGUCGAUUAACCAUUCAUCUUAUUGCCUUAGUCCUUUUAUCUAUUGUUAUGUUCUUUUAUUAUUAGUAGUACUAUAAAUGUUUCCAGUUUUCUGCACCACAUUCCAACUUUUCUAUUGCCCAUAGGGAUUGCUAUAUAGCAAAAGAUUUUUUAUUGAAUAUUAGUUCUUGUUCCUGACGUUUUGACCUCCAGAUUGUAGUAGCACAUUCGGUUUUUUUGGCCUACAGAAUACAUGUAUUCAGUCAAGGUGUAAAAAGAUUAGGAUGAACGUUUUUGUUUUUAAGUUGUGAAUAAUUUUUUGCGGUAUUUUUGUCAAUGAAAUUAAAGUUUAUUUUAGUACAUAUAUAAUCAAAGUAUGUACGUAUAUAUAAUGUUUGUUUUACUAUUUAUAUACUUAUAUUUUAUUCCACUCCUGACUCUAUUUCUGCAUAUAAAAUACACAUUUGGUUAAUUUUGUUGCUGCUUUUCUUAUGAAAUAAAUUUAUUCAAUUUUUGAGU